AUGUUCCAGGGGCAGUGUGGUUGGUUCAGCCGGAGUGUCAGUCAGGACCUGAGGCAGUUCUGGGAAGACGAAGGCGGGAAGAUCAGUGACGCCCAGGCCGCUGACUUCCUGUUUAGCUGUGAUGCCUCGCACCCGGAUACGCUGAGAAUAUACCAGAGCCUCGAGUAUAUAGAAGACAAUGCUACAGUUUUUCAUGCCCACUAUCUCUCUGCAGUAGCUAAUACUGAAAGAAAAAACGCAGUGUCCUUAGGCCACUUUGUUCUUCCUCCUGCUUGUCUUCAAAAAGAAAUACGAAGAAAAAUUGGCAGUUUUGUUUGGGAACAAGAUGAAAAUUUUCUGAUAUUUGAAAAGCAUGACAGAAUAACAUCAAGAGGAGAGGAAAGCCCUGGGCCAGCACCAGAACACAAGAAAGAACUGCCCAAAAGUGCAGAGAAUAAUUUUAUAAGGACUCCGGUUGUAGAAAAGCAGAUGUACCUCCCUCUUCAGAACUACCCAGUGAACAACAUGGUCACAGGUUAUAUAUCAAUUGAUGCUUUGGACAAAUUCCUUGGAGAAUUACAUGAUUUCAUUCCUGGAAGCUCAGGAUAUUUGGCAUAUCAUGUUCAAAAUGAAAUUAACAUGUCUGCUAUAAAAAACAAGUUAAGAAGGAAACAAAGUUAAACUGCACUUAUAUCUAGACAUUUAUUUUCAUAAAAUAUUAUGACAUAUGUGUAUAAUUUAAGUGUGAAUAGAGAAAGAAUUAUCUUCCUUCUUAACGUGUGCCCUGAGAAAACUCAGGAUUGUCUUAACUAGUGAAAUUUGUGACAUAUUCACAAAUUAUGAGUGCACCAUUGU